ACUUUACAUAGCAGUCUUUUGAACCUACCGUAGUUAGAUUCCAGCAUGAGGAAAUGCUUGCUCUGUGGCUGGGAACUGAAAAGGGCGAGCGGUGCUGGUGAGCUUGACGAAGCAGACGAGGUCGCUCGAAAGUUUGAGAUCUGCUCCCACUGUGAGAAUGAGGCUGCUCAGCUCGAUGAAGCAGAAAAAUCGGCGUUGAGGAAGUUGCAGACCAUCCAGAAAUCCUUUGAGGUGUGGAGCUGGGACAAGGAAUCGGUCAGCAAGGUUAGCUCUCUCCCACAGGAACAGCCUGCGAGGAUCUUUCCAGGGAUUCCUUUGUACCUGGGAGAUUUGAGCGAUGCAUUUGACGUGCAGAAUCUUAGGAAGCUGGGAAUUGGCUGCGUGGUGAACCUAUGUGCUGACAAGAUCCAAGGGGAUUAUAAAGGUCUUCCCCAACGGCUUGCGCGGGCAAGAAUACAUCAACUGAUCAUGGUGGCAGAUGAUGCUCGGAACUUCGACAUCAUCAGCGUAGCUGAGAACUGCCAGACAGCCGUUCACUCUACGCUACAGUCACCCAACGGCAGAAAUGGUGUUCUGAUUCACUGCUGGGCUGGUUGCAAUCGGAGCGCUGCGGUGGCAGUGGCAUUCUUGGUCACACAGUACAGAGUGCCUCUCUUUGCUGCUGUCUCUCAGACGAUGCAGAUGAGGGGCCAGAUUUUGACCAACCAAUCGUUUCGGAAACAAUUGGUGUGCCAUUGUUGGAAGAAUGGCUUUGACUUGGAAGGUGAGAACGUCCCUCGCUGGCUUCUGCAAAAGCCGGAAUCUGAGCGGUGCGACGAUGUCGCUUGCAGUGAUCCGGAGAAGAGACAUCGUCGCAACCCGCCUGCAGACACCCCUGCUCAUGGCCUUCGCUUCGCAGUGCGAGAAGGAUGUUUGAAAUGUGUGAAGUACUACAUUGAACAAGGAGUGGAUCCAGAAACCAAAGGGCAGAAGUAUUCAGCCCUGGACUGGGCCACCUGGAAGCUUGACAGAGGCAAUGAGGAUUACAACCUAUACAGAACCAUUUUUGACUGUUUGAAGGAGGGACGAGUUGCCGACGCAGGUGAGCUUCAGAGACCGUGACGCGGCUGAUUUUGCGUGCUACGAAGCUCGGUGUGUCGACCCAAUGUGGAAC